AUGUUAAACAUUGGUAUAAUUGGUAUGGGUAGAAUUGGUCGCAUACAUGCUGAAAAUAUUGCUCGUAAUUUUCAAAAUGUACGAAUAAAAGGUAUUGCCGAUUUGUAUUUAAAUGAUGAAAUGAUUCUCUGGGCAAAGAACCUGGGCAUUCAAUGUUGGCUUAAGUGUUACGGAGAUUUAUUAGCUGACAAUGAAAUUCAUGCCAUUUUUAUUUGUUCACCAACAAGUACUCACUGCGACAUCGCAAUUGAUUGUAUUCGCAGUAAUAAGCAUGUAUUUUGUGAAAAACCACUCGGUAGCAGUAUCCGAGAAAUUUAUGGUGUAAUUUUGGAAUUUGAAAAGAGUUCUAAUACGAAACUUAAAUUUCAAAUUGGAUUUAACCGCCGCUUUGAUCAUAAUUUUCAAGCAAUAAGAGCAGCCAUCGAAUCAAAGCAAGUUGGUCAGCCGUAUAUUUUACGGUUAACAUCACGUGAUCCAAGCCCACCAUCUCUUAAUUAUGUAAAACUAUCUGGGGGCAUUUUUUUUGACAUGACUAUUCAUGAUUUUGACAUGGCAAGAUACUUAUUGGAUGAUGAUAUUAUUGAGGUUCAUGCAGAUGGAGAUGUAUUAUUUGAUUUGAAGCUUCGCGAAUUGGCAGAUAUUGAUACAGCGGUAAUAACUAUGAAAAUGUCUAAGGGCGCAUUUGUAAUAAUUGACAAUUCAAGACAAGCUGUUUAUGGAUAUGAUCAGCGUGCAGAAGUAUUUGGUUCAAAAGGACAAGCAACAAUUACCAAUGACACGUGUUCAUCUAUUAUUGUAUCAAAUAAUGAAGGCAUACAUUCCGAAAAGCCUCUACAAUGUUUUCUAGAACGCUAUAAACAAUCAUAUAUAACCGAAAUUCAACAAUUUUUCAAUGCUGUACUCAAUGAUAACGCCGUGCCUGUUACUAUUUAUGAUGUAUUAUUACUUCAACCAACAACAAUGAAACUAGUCAUCAUUCUUUGUGUUCUCUUCGUUGGUGCUUAUUGCGCACCUGUACCCAAUGAACAACUCAAUGAUCAAUGGAAUUCAUUCAAAAAACUUCAUGGAAAAAAAUACAAUUUCGUCGAAGAAGGCCAUCGCCGAAGCAUUUGGGAAGCUAACCUCGCUAAAAUCCAAAAACACAAUCAAGAAGCUAACUCAGGCAUUCACACAUAUACUGUAGGAAUGAAUGAAUAUGGUGAUUUGACUGAUGAAGAAUUCCAAAACAAAAUGAAUGGAUUCAAGAUGUUAGCUAAAUCUGAAACAACUAACUUCGAUAAUCAGAGACUCUUAUUUUCAUCAAAUGGUACCAUUCCAGAUGCUGUUGAUUGGCGUCGACAAGGUUAUGUAACACCUGUUAAAAAUCAAGGACAAUGUGGAUCAUGUUGGGCUUUCUCAGCUACUGGUGCACUUGAAGGUCAAUACUUUGCUCGAACAAAAUCGCUCGUUUCACUUUCUGAACAAAACUUGGUUGAUUGCUCAGGUCAAUUCGGUAACAUGGGAUGUUCUGGUGGUUUAAUGACACGAGCUUUUCAAUACAUCCAAUAUAACCAAGGUAUCAAUACUCGAAUAAGUUAUCCAUAUGAAGCUCGUAAUGGUAUAUGCCGAUUUCAAAUAGGAUCCGUUGGUGCCACUAGUAGUGGUUUUGUUAAUAUUCCAUCAAUGGACGAAUAUGCUCUUCAAGUUGCUAUUAGUAAUAUUGGUCCAAUUUCAGUUGCUAUUGAUGCUUCACAUUCUUCAUUUCAAUUCUACCGAUCAGGUGUUUAUAAUGAACAACAAUGCUCAUCAACACAACUUAAUCAUGGUGUUUUAGUUGUUGGUUAUGCCACGAGUGGUUCACAACAAUAUUACAUUGUUAAAAACUCAUGGGGAACAUCAUGGGGCCAACAAGGUUACAUCUUAAUGAGUCGUAACAGUAACAAUCAAUGUGGUAUUGCAACGAUGGCCAGCUAUCCACUUGUUUAA